GGCGAGCGGCCUGCGCCCUGCGCGCCUCCACCAUGUCCUACUUCGCCGAGCACUUCUGGGGCGAGAAGAACCACGGCUUCGACGUGCUCUACCACAACAUGAAGCAUGGGCAGAUCUCCACCAAGGAGCUGGCCGACUUCGUCCGCGAGAGGGCUGCCAUCGAGGAGAACUACGCCAAGGCCAUGGUGAAGCUGUCGAAGAUGGCCACCAACGGGACGCAGCUGGGGACCUUCGCGCCGCUCUGGGAGGUUUUCCGCAUCUCCUCGGACAAGCUGGCCCUGUGCCACCUGGAGCUGAUGAAGAAGCUGCACGACCUCAUCAAGGAGAUCUCGCGCUACGGCGAGGAGCAGGGCCGGGUGCACAAGAAGUCCAAGGAGGAGGUGUCGGGCACGCUGGAGGCCGUCCAGCUGCUGCACGGCGUCGCCCAGCUGCUGCCCAAGUCCAAGGAGAGCUACCACAGCAAGUGCCAGGAGUACGAGCGGCUCCGCAAGGAGGGCACCAGCCAGAAGGAGAUCGACAAGGCAGAGCUCAAGUCCAAGAAGGCGGGCGAAGCGCUGCGGCGCGCCGUGGAGAAGUACAACGCGGCGCGGGCCGACUUCGAGCAGCGGAUGCUGGACUCGGCCACGCGUUUCCAGGAGGUGGAGGAAGCCCACCUGCGGCACAUGAAGGGGCUCAUCGGCUCCUACUCGCACUCGGUGGAGGACACGCACGUGCAGAUCGGGCAGGUGCACGAGGAGUUCAAGCAGAACGUGGAGAACAUCGGCACCGAGCUGCUGCUGCGGCGCUUCGCCGAGAGCAAGGGCACGGGCCGAGAGCGGCCAGGCGCGCUGGACUUCGAGGAGUACCGGCUGGCGCCCGCGCAGGAAGGGCCCAAGAGGAGCCGGAGCAAGGCUUUCCGCAUCCCCGGGCUGAGCCGCAAGGAGAGGGACCGGGAUGCCGCGGAGUCGCCGGACGCCGACGCAGCCUGCCCGGAGGUGGACGAGGACGGGUUCAGCGUGCGCCCGGACGUCACCCACGCCGAGGCCGGGAACCCCGCGUGCUCCUCCAGCGACUCGGACUACGACGAGGACGAGCCCCGCAAGUUCUACGUGCGCAUCAAGCCCGUGCAGCCCCGCGAGGCAGGCGGCAGCGCCGAGGCUGCCGUGGAGCAGCUCAAGGCCACCGUGGGCAACUUCAUCCUGCCGCCCGGCGUCGGGGGCACCGUAAAGCGACAGUCGUCCCGCCACGUGGCAGCUCUGGCCCCCGCCCCAGCCGAGCCGGACCCCGAGGAGACCCCGGCGGCAGGUGACGGCGCGGGGAAGAGGCGCCCGGUUGCCCAGGCGAGCAGCGGCCCCGGGAAAGCCCCGCCGGACGCGGUGCCCUCCGCAGCCCUGUUCGGGCCCCCGCUGGAGUCGGCUUUCGAAGCGGAGGAUUUCUCGGCGUCCCGCGCCUACGUCCUCACCUCCUCCUCGUCCCCCUUUUCCUCCUCCUCCCCGGAGAACGUGGAAGACUCGGGCUUGGACUCGCCGUCGCACCCCGCGCCCGGCCCCUCCCCGGACUCGAGGCCGUGGACGCCGCAGCCCGGCACGCCGCAGAGCCCCCUCCCCAAGCGGGACCCGCCGCCGCCGCCCCCCGCCGAGGAGCCGGGCGCCUGGCCGCGGCCCCGCAGCCCCGCCGGCCGCCUCCCCGAGCUGCCCGGCUUCGCCGUCUUCAGCGGCCCCGGCGCCGAGGGGCCGUGGGAGGACGCGGGGCCGGCGGCGCGGGGCCGGUCCCGCUGCCCCGGCGGCCCCGCGCCCCGCCGAGCCCCCUCGCCCGACCCCUUCGGGGAGCCCCUGCCCUGGGCCAGGGCCCGCAGCCCCGGCGCGGACCGGCCCCCGCAGCCCCGGCCUUCCUCCAACUCGGCCUCCUCCUCCUCCUCCUCCCCGGCCCCCCCCAGCGGGGGUGAGUCCUCCAGCCCCUCUCCGUGGACGUGCCAAGGCUCCGGGACGAGGCUCUCCGAGGGCGGCACGUCGGCAGCGCCCCUGCCGCAGGCUGAGCCUGAUGCUCCCCCCGCCCGGGCCAGCGCGGCGCCCCGCGAGGUCCCUCUCGUGGCCCCCCCUCGCCGCUCCCGGACGAAGAGGCCCGCGGCCGGCCAGGCCGUCGGCAGCAACACCGACCUGUCGCGCUCGCUGAGCCCCUCGCCCUCCUGGAGCUGCGGCCCCUCGCACUCGGCGCCCGCCAGCCUGGGCGAGCGGGGCUUCUUCGCCGUCUCCCAGCCGGCGCUCGGGCUGUCGCGGGGGCCCAGCCCCGUGGUGCUGGGCUCGCAGGACGCGCUCCCCGUGGCCACGGCUUUCACCGAGUACAUCCACGCUUACUUCAAGGGCCGCGACUCCGACAGCUGCCUGGUGAAGGUCACGGGGGAGCUCACCAUGUCCUUCCCCGCCGGCAUCGUGCGCGUCUUCAGCGGGAGCCUGGCACCGCCGGUGCUGAGCUUCCGCCUGGUCAACGCCGGCGCCAUCGAGCAGUUCCUGCCCAACGCCGAGCUGCUCUACAGCGACCCGUCCCAGAGCGACCCCAGCACCAAGGACUUCUGGCUGAACAUGGCAGCGCUGACGGGGCACCUGCAGAAGCAGGCGGAGCAGAGCCCGGCCGCCUCCUACUACAACGUGGCGCUGCUCAAGUACCAGUUCUCCAAGCUGGGCCCGGGCUCGGCGCCGCUGCAGCUCUGCGUGCGCUGGGACUGCUCGCCGGGCGCCACGCGGGUCAGCGUGGAGUACAGCUACAACGCGGGCGCCCUGGCUGCGCCCGUGCCCCUCGCCAACGUGCAGGUGCUGCUGCCCGUGGAGGAGCCCGUCACCAACGUGCGGCUGCAGCCCGCGGCCAGCUGGAACCUGGAGGAGAAGAGGCUGCUCUGGCGGCUGCUGGACGUUCCCGGUGCCCCGGGCCAGGGAGGCUGCGGCCGGCUCUCGGCCAGCUGGGAGCCCCUCUACGGGCCCAGCAAGCCCAGCCCUGUGGCGGCCCAGUUCACCAGCGAGGGCAGCACGCUGUCGGGCGUCGAGGUGGAGCUGGCGAGCGCCGGCUACCGCAUGUCGCUGGUCAAGAAGAGGUUUGCAACAGGGAUUUACCUGGCUGGGUCCUGAGCGUCGGCUGUCCCCGGAUCCUCCGAGCUCCUCCGGGCUUUCCCUUUGGUUGUUUGAACACUGGACGGAGGCUGGCCGGGGAGGGGGUGCUGCAGCCACGACCGGGGCCCUGGCCAAGGUCCCGGCUUGUGCUGGCUGGGUAAGAGCCCUCCUCCUCCUCCUCCUCCUCCUCCCGGCUCCCCUCCGUGGUCGCCUUGGCUGUAACCGUCGUCUCCUGCUGGCUGGAGGAUGGUCCCCCCCGUCCUCCUCUGUGCUGUGAAGGGAGCAGGAGCUGCUCUUUUA